AUGCAUGAGAACCUAAUCAAGAAAAAUAUCACAGCGAGAACACUACAUCAACACAACCACAUUUGCAUAUCCAUCAUGUCCACGCUCAAUGUCAACGAGGCAAAAGUACUUAACGCCAAGUUUGCGGUCUCCAUUGACUCGGCCCAGAAGCUCGUGAGCGGCUGGAUGAGCGACAGUGACGGUGACAGUGAUCCCGGCGGCGCGGAUGAAGAUGCUCAGAAACUGCUGGUCAAGCAGCUGCAACCAGUGGCGUCUUGGGCUGGAGUUGGCUCCAAAAUUGGCACGGCGCCUGGAGGAGGCCGCGUGACGAAGCCAGAUACCUCCAAGAUGUCUGCAUCCAUGAAGGCGCUGAGUAAGAUGCACAGUAAAGGCAGCCAGGCCAAUGCGGUGGCUACCGUGACUCCCGUGAUGCGACAGGGUUACGUGGUAAAGAAACACGCUGAUGACAAAAACAAGAAGGACGAGUCUGACUCGGACGAGGAGGAUAUCAAGAGCAGGUCGAAGAAGUCUGCCAAAACCACAGGCAACUUUCUGGACGAGUACAAGAAGACCAAGAAGAAGCGACGUUAG